UAUUUCUAGUCGGCUGGCAUGUUCGAGUUAGUGUUGGAUCGUGUGCGCAUCGAGCACCUGUGCGUGUCGGUACAGCCUCGUUUUCUCGCUCGUUCCGCGGACUCGCGAUUCCCUUUUUCAGUUGACGAGUGAGGAACGCCGAAAGAAGAGGCUGCUGAAGCCGUUGCAUCGAAUGUGAAAAACGAGCCACGGCAACAUGAGCGACAAGAGGAAGGUACCGUCCAGCUGGAAAAGGCAAGAAGAACAGAGCAACAGGCCCAAGGACCCGGUCAGGCCACCGAGGACAAGGACGCAACAGGCUCGUCACAAUGCAGCUAUCGAUCGACACGACAAUCGCGUCAAGAAAGUCCCGAUGACGACCCUCGAUGAAAACGUGAACCGUGUUCCACGGGUGUACACAAACGAACGAGAGGAAGAAGAUCGAUCUGGUUGGCAAGAAAAAAUAGAACGUCUUUCAAUGGAUAGUCAGGACAAAAAGACAUCGGAUGUAGGACAACCUGUACAGAUUGUACUUGCUCAUCCAGACCAUAGUUUCGAAUUAAACGAAGAAGCCUUGUCAAAAAUUCUCCUUGACAAUGAUAUUAAGAAUAGGAGUGUUGUUGUUGUGUCAGUAGCAGGUGCUUUCAGGAAAGGCAAAAGCUUUCUACUUGACUUUUUCUUGCGAUACAUGAACAGUCAGUAUAAUAAUAAUAACCAGACGGAUUCUUGGUUGGGCAAAGAUGAUGAACCACUGAGUGGAUUUUCAUGGAAAGGAGGCUCUGAAAGAGACACAACAGGGAUAUUAAUGUGGUCAAAAGUUUUUUGCGGUACUUUACCGGAUGGUGAAAAAGUUGCUGUGAUUUUAAUGGAUACACAAGGUGCUUUCGAUAGCCAGUCCACAGUGAAGGACUGUGCGACUGUGUUUGCUCUAAGUACAAUGUUGUCAUCCGUACAAAUUUAUAAUCUAUCACAAAACAUCCAAGAGGAUGAUCUUCAGCACUUGCAACUUUUUACGGAAUAUGGCAGGCUGGCGUUACAAAAAUCUGGAGUCACACCGUUCCAGAAGUUACAAUUCUUAGUGAGAGAUUGGAGUUACCCAUACGAAGCACCUUAUGGUUCAGAAGGUGGAAAAGAGAUACUGAACAGAAGAUUAGAAAUCUCCGACAAACAACAUCCAGAAUUGCAAAAUCUGAGAAUGCAUAUUAAGUCUUGCUUCUCGGAAAUAUCUUGUUUUCUAAUGCCACAUCCAGGCCUGAAUAUUGCCACUAAUCCUCGUUUCGAUGGUAGAUUAUCGGAAAUUCAACCAGAAUUUAAGGAACAGCUCAAAGUGCUCAUACCGGUGUUAUUAGCUCCAGAGAAUUUAGUUCCAAAGAAAAUCGAUGGUCAACUUGUGAAAGCAAGGGAUUUGUUGGAAUAUUUCAAAAGUUAUAUGAAAAUUUACAAAGGAAACGAGCUUCCAGAACCAAAAAGUAUGUUAGUGGCAACAGCAGAGGCAAAUAAUUUGGCUGCGGUAACGGAAGCGAGAGAAUUUUAUAUACGAUUAAUGGAAGAUGUCUGUGGAUCAAGAAAACCAUAUUUAACAACAGCGCGUUUAGAGACCGAGCAUACACGUUGUAUGGAUAAAGCUAUGUGCAUAUUUCAAAAUAAAAGGAAAAUGGGCGGAGAUGCAUUUAGUCAAACCUAUAUGAAAAAAUUAUGUGAGGAUAUGGAUAAAGCGUUUGUUCACUUUAAAGCACAAAAUGAAAGUAAAAAUGUUUUCAAAUCAACACGAACCGCAGGAGUAUAUGGUGCAAUUGUUGCCAUCAUGUACUUUUUAUCCUCAGUAUUUGCUUUUACUGGCUUAUAUUUGCUAGCAAAUAUUUGUAACUUCAUCAUGUGCAUCUGUAUAUUAACCCUCAUGUUGUUGGCAUAUAUUAGGUACAGUGGUAAUUACGACACACUUGGGGUAGUAAUAGAUGAAGUGGCAAACACUUUAUGGAAUAAUUUAAUUAAACCAGUCUAUCAACAAUUUGUGGAGAAGUCAGUGUCUGUAGCAGUGGCUCAAGCUGCUGAAAUGGCUACAAAUACAACAAUGAAUGCCACUGCCACUGCCAAUGGCAAGCCUAAACUAUCAUGAUGUUCAUUCCCUUUGUGUCCCAAUUUCGCAAGUGCAUUAGAAACAUACAUCAAUGUAUUAAAACCAGUAAGUGACAUAACAAAAUUUCAUUGUCUUGACCAUGUAAUAUGAGGCCAUAAAUAGCUUUUUCUUUGUUAAGUCACAAGGAGAUACUGUACGUUACAUAUUUUAAUUUAAAGUGACUAUGAAUGUAUAUACAAUAUAUUUUGAUUACAAUUCCUUGCUAGAUUGUUGAAAAUCAUCAUUAUUAGUAUUGUCUAUGAUUGAUAUUACAUUUGUUAGAAAAAUAAAAUUCCAUAGUUACUGGUAAAGAUUAUAGUUUGCAUAAAAGCUAUUGUUCUGGGGUUGUUAAUGUUUAUCAUCAAUUUUAAUUUUUUUUAUAUUGAAAUAUAUGGAUAUAUAUACAUACAUAAAAAACAAAGUGUAAAGAAGUCUUUAGAAACAAAUACGUCUACAUUUUUUUUGAUAAUAUUCAAUUCAUAUUUAACUUUUUAGUUAGAGGAAUAUACGUACUUAAACGCAUUUCAAGAUCACAAGGAAACGUGGUAAAAUAUUUUUGAAACGAAAUUUUAAUAAGACACACUUUGUAUAUUUAUGCAUUAUUCUAUGUAUAUGUACUAACAUACCUAAAUUAUAUCUGUGCCAGAUUUACCCUACAUCAGUUACUAUUGUAUUGUUUAAUUUUUUUUAAUAAACUGAAGUGUAAAUACUA